CCUCUUAUCUCCUGAUAAGACAUAUCGUGUGGUGUCACUCUGUACAUGCUCAGUUUGGUUUGUAUUGCUAGAGAGGUUUUGUUUUUUUUUUCUUGGGAGAGUGCAUGUGAUCAGCACAGGGCCAACCAGCACUGUCCAGACAGAAGUCAGGGGUUCUACAUCCUCCUAGAGCAGAACAAAAACUCCUCCGACAAGCUUUAACCAGUGCUCAGCUGAACACUGAUAGCAGUCACAAGACUGCUCUAAUUGCUGAUGAGAAGAGGUAUUUAGCAGUUUAUAUUUCCUAAAAUAAUUGCAUUUUCAUGUUGUGUGUACUGUGGGAGACCAGAUAUAGUGAAUGCAGGGUCCUGGGAGACCAGAUAUAG